CAUGCUUUGCGCGCCCCGCCUCUCCUGCUCUCGCUGGUUUUCGGACUCCCUCACUGUAGGAAGAUGGCGGCGGAUCGGCAUUCGGGAGCAGUGAUGGAGGAGAAUAAGGAGAACGAGCGGCCGGGAGUCGGAGAGAAGUCGGCGGCGCUGGGGGACACGCUGGGGCUGGAGAUCCUGCAGAUUAUUAAGGAAUCACAGCAACAGCAUGGGAUGCGUCAUGGAGACUUCCAGAGAUACAGGGGCUACUGUUCCCGUCGUUUGCGACGUCUGAGAAAAACCCUUAAUUUUAAGAUGGGAAACAGACAUAAAUUUACUGGAAAGAAAGUGACUGUGGACAUGAUGUCUGAUAACAGGUAUCUCCUUCUCAUCUUGAUGGAUGCAGAGAGAGCUUGGAGCUAUGCCAUGCAGCUUAAAAUGGAGGCUAAUACAGAACCUCGUAAACGGUUUCACUUGGUCUCCCGGCUGCGAAAGGCAGUAAAGCAUGGUGAGGAGCUGGAGCGACUGUGUGAAAGUGAUCGUGUCGAUGCAAAGACAAAGCUGGAAGCUCAGGCCUAUAGUGCUUAUCUCAAUGGCAUGCUCCAGUUUGAGCAGCAGCAGUGGCAAGAUGCCAUGAAAGCAUUCAACAAGUGCAAAACCAUCUAUGAGAAGUUGGCGAGUGCUUUCACAGAGGAGCAGGCUGUGCUGUACAACCAAAGAGUAGAUGAGAUAUCACCAAACAUUCGUUACUGUGCCUACAACAUUGGGGAUAAGACUGCUAUAAACGAGUUAAUGCAGAUGAGGCUCCGUGGUGGAGGUGCGGAAGGACUGCUAGCAGAGAAGCUGGAGACUCUAAUCUCACAGACAAGGGCAAAACAAGCGGCUACCAUGAGUGAAGUGGAAUGGCGAGGACGCACCAUUCCUGUCAAAAUUGAUAAGGUGCGGAUUUUCCUCCUUGGGUUGUCGGACACAGAAGCUGCAAUUUCACAGGCUGAAGAUGAGGAGGCUAAAGAACGCUUGUUCGAGUCUGUGCUGAGCGAAUGUAGAGACGCUAUCCAGAGUGUGCGAGAGGAGCUAAAAACUGAACAGAGGCAAAGAGAUGCUGUCAUGGAUGGAGAAAUGGGCAAAGUUUCCACCCUGCAAUACUUGCACAGCUACCUGUCCUACAUUAAGCUUUCAACAGCCAUUCAGCGUAAUGAAAGUAUGGCCAGUGCUCUGCAGAAGGCGCUGCUUCACCAGCCUCAGGCCGAAGAGGAUGGCAAAAGGACCGCACGGCCACAAGACCUCAUUAGGCUUUACGAUAUUAUUUUGCAGAAUCUGGCAGAGCUGACACAGCUACCUGGGUUGGAGGAAGACCAAAGCUUCCAAAAGGAGAUUGUGCUUAAGACGCUUGUGUACAAAGCAUAUAGGUGCUUCUUCAUUGCUCAGUCCUAUGUACUGGUGAAAAAGUGGAGCGAGGCACUGGUGCUGUAUGACAGAGUGCUGAAAUAUGCAAAGGAAGUUCAAGCACAGACUGGAACUAAAAAAAGCAAUUUUAAGGACCUUCCAGAUGUACAGGAGUUGAUAAAGCAGGUGAAUGCAGAGAAGUACUCCUUACAAGCUGCUGCCAUUCUUGAUUCAACAGACAAUACAGAAGAGGUUUCCCCCUUUCAGACUAAAGAAAACAAGCCUCUCUUGGAACGUCUAGACAACUUCUGCCUUGACCCAUCUCUUGUGACCAAACAUGCCCGCCUAGUGCCCUUCCCCCCAGACUUCCAUCCCAUACCUUGCAAGCCACUCUUCUUUGAUCUGGCCUUAAAUCAUGUUGCACUGCCAUCUCUGGAAGACAAGCUGGAGCAGAAAUCAAAGAGCGGAUUGACGGGUUAUAUCAAAGGCAUCUUUGGCUUUCGAAGUUAAUGAGGUGGUUAAUACUGCUCAGCGGCAUAUUCUGUCCUUGAUGAAUCACAUUCACAAAGUUAUCAUCUGAGCUGCUGUGACCAUAACUCAGUGUUCUAUAGAGAUCAAUAAAUUCUUUUAAUUUAUUGUGACGGUGGUCCCCUGUAUAUUGUUGAAUAUUUUGAGAUCUUUUUUUUUCCCACCAGCUCCGUUUUUGGAGCAGGCAUGAUAUCAUUUACAGUGAAUAAGGGGUGGACCAGUUCCCAAAACAAAAAAAUAAAUUUUUAUUUUAGUUAAUCUUGAUGUAAGAGGAGUCUUUUAUAGUGGGGCAAAAAAGUAUUUAGUCAGCCACCAAUUGUGCAAGUUCUCCCACCUAAAAAAAGAGGCCUGUAAUUUUCAUCAUAGGUAUACCUCAACUAUGAGAGACAUAAUGGGGAAAAAAAUUCAUAAAAUCAUGGUCUGAUUUUUAAAAAAUGUAUUUGCAAAUUUUGGUGGAAAAUAAGUAUUCAAUAACAAAAGUUCAUCUCAAUACUUUGUUAUAUAACCCUUUGUUGGCAAUGAAAGAGGUCAAAAGUUUUCUGUAAGUCUUCACAAGGUUUUCACACACUGUUGCUGGUAUUUUGGCCCAUUUCUCCAUGCAGAUCUCCUCUAGAGCAAUGAUGUUUUGGGGCUGUCGCUAGGCAACAGAGUUUCAACUCCCUCCAAAGGUUUUCUAUGGGGUUGAGAUCUGGAGACUGGCUAGGCCACUCCAGGACCUUGAAAUGCUUCUUACGAAGCCACUCCUUCGUUGCCCGGGUGGUGUGUUUGGGAUCAUUGUCAUGCUGAAAGACCCAGCCAUGUUUCAUCUUCAAUGCCCUUGCUGAUGGAAGGAGGUUAUCACUCAAAAUCUCAUGAUACAUGGCCCCAUUUAUUCUUUCCUUUACACGGAUCAGUCGUCCUGGUCCCUUAGCAGAAAAACAGCCCAUGCCUCACAGUAGGUAUGGUGUUCUUUGGAUGCAACUCAGCAUUCUUUUCCCUUCAAACACGACGAGUUGCGUUUUUACCAAAAAGUUCUACUUUGGUUUCCUCUGAUAAUGACAUUCUCCCAUUACUGUUCUGGAUCAUCCAAAUGCUCUCUAGUAAACAUCAGAUGGGUCCGGACAUGUACUGGCUUAAGCAGGUGGACACGUCGGGCACUGCAUGAUUCCCUGGCACAAGUCCCUGGCGGCGUAGUGUGUUACGGAUGGUAGCCUUUGUUACUUUGGUCCCAGCUCUCUGCAGGUCAUUCACUGUGGUUCUGGGAUUUUUGUUCACCGUCCUUGUGAUCAUUUUGACACCACGGGGCGAGCUCUUGCGUGGAGCCCCAGAUCGAGGGAGAUAUUAUCAGUGGUCUUUUAUGUCUUCCAUUUUCUAAUAAUUGCUCCCAUAGUUGAGUUCUUCACACCAAGUUUCUUGCCUAUUGAAGAUUCAGCCUUACGAGCCUGGUGGAGGUCUACAAUUUUGUUUCUGGUGUCCUUUGACAGCUCUUUGGUGUUUGCCAUAGUGGAGUAUGGAGUGUGACUGUUUAAGGUUGUGGACAGGUGUCUUUUAUACUGAUAACAUGUUCGAACAGGUGCCAUUAUUACAGGUAACGAGUGGAGGACAGAGGAGACCCUUAAAGAAGUUGUUACAGGUCUGUGAGAGCCAGAAAUCUCGCUUGUUUGUAGGUGACCAAAUAAUUAUUUUCCACCAUAAAUUGCAAAUAAAUUUUAUGAAUUUUUUUUUUUCUCAUUCUGUCUCUCAUAGUUGAGGUAUACCUAUGAUGAAGAUUACAGGCCUCUCAUCUUUUUAAGUGGGAGAACUUGCACAAUUGGUGGCUGACUUAAUACUUUUUUGCCCCACUGUACCUUUUUAUUCUCCCUAUUCUAAAAUUAUACAUUUUAUGUUUAGAGGUACAGAAAACUCUGUAAAGUCUUUAUUUUAUCUGCUUCCAACCAGGAUAAAUCUGCAGUGUUGAUUUUCUUUCCAAAAGCAAAUAAAAGACAGUUGUUCUGGGA